AUGCCGGGAUAUGCCCGCAAGAGGACAGCUGGAGUGCAAACUAAAGAGGACUUGCUUGACCUAAUUGUAUUGGAGCUACUCUAUGAACAGUGCCCUUCUGACCUGAGGCUACGGUUGGUGGACAAAAAGCUAGAGAACCCACAGCACGCAGGGCAGCUGGAUGACGAGUUUAUGAACACCAAAGCCGGCGAGCAGCACUACACCCUGACCUCGGGGAGGCUGCUUUGCCAGGAAGAUGAAAAUGUCACAGAGGGAAAGAAACACACAGAGGAGGAGAGAGCCACAAAGGAAACAAAACCCAGGCCUGGACCGACCCCUGGGCAGCAAGGGCAAGCAGCAAACAGCAAGUGCAUCCUGACUGGCUUGUGGAGGAACGAGCUGGGCUCCGAGAUGCAGAUACAGCAAGUGAAUGGGGAUGGCACCUUCUCUGGUGAGUACCACACGGCCGUGUCGCUCGCUUCGAGACCCAUCCAACCUGCAUCCCUCAACGGGUCCCAGCACUUCGAUGAGGAAGGGCAGCCGACGUUCGGCUUCACGGUCAACUGGAAGCGCUUCUCAGGGUCGGCACAAAUGUUUUCACCCGGAUCAAGAAGUAAAAGACUGGAGAAUCCAUGAGGAGCGACCUGUGACCAGUGACCCCAGCAGCACCGUGACCACACUCUGCAGCCCCAGGGUUCCUGAGCCCCCGUCCAGGAUUGUUCUGGGCUCUCUCGAGAGCAUCUCGCCCGGCCUCAGAGCUGUUUACUGGGCUGCAGAAUCGUCCGUCUCUGUCUCCACCCCUUGCUCUCCGGUGACCCUCCCAGAAUCGCUGUCUGCAGCCCCCCUAUGCUGCAGUUUAGUUCCUUUCCCAGUAAAGCUCUAGUGCGGGAGGCAAAUGAGUCUCUGGUGGUUUUAUCGCUUUUGGCCGUUGGGGUGAAGCUGUUGCUGAGCCGUGAUUCCCACCUGCCCCUCCCUGGAUUCCCCAGGAGGUGCCGGAUUCUGUCCCGUUAGCCGGGCCCUUCCUGGGACACCCCUUGGCAGGUUCAUCUCCCUGGUUUGCUCCUUUGCUCCCUGAACAUUCAAUAACAGAUUUAAAAGUAGCCAUCCUGCAA